UGUGUGCUGGCGGCGUGGCCUGCCCCAGAGUCUCAUGCUGCUCGGUUUUCUCGCAGGACAGAGCGGGAUGCCUCCAACUGGUCCACAGAGCGGCUGAAAACUCUCCUUCUGCCUGUAAGGGUGGAGAGUGAGGAAGGAGCUUGUGAGGUGACAGAAGUGAGCAAACUGGAUGGAGAGGCCUCCAUUAACAACCGCAAGGGGAAACUUAUCUUCUUCUAUGAGUGGGCUAUCAAGCUGGCAUGGACUGGGACCUCAAAGACUGGAGUGAAAUACAAAGGUUAUGUGGAGAUUCCUAAUCUCUCAGAUGAAAAUGAUAUCGAUGAAGUUGAGAUCCAUGUCAGCCUUGCUAAAGAUGAACCUGACACUAACUUGAAGACUCUGAUGAAGCAAGAGGGUGCAAAAAAAAUCAGAGACGCAAUGAAAACUUACAUCAGCACUCUCAAAACAGAAUUCACCCAGGGCAUGAUUUUGCCCACAGUGAAUGGUGAACAUAUGGAAACAACACCUCAGGUGACUCCUAAAGCAGAAGACCGCAAGAUGGCAGCUAGCAGCAGUACUGCCCCAUCGCAGUCCAAAUCCAUAGGAGUCAAGAUCCCUACCUGUAAGAUCAGCUUGAAGGACACCUUCUUAACAUCUCCUGAGGAGCUCUACCGGGUAUUUGUUACUCAAGAGAUGGUCCAAGCUUUCACCCAUGCACAAGCCACCUUGGAGGCUGAUAAAGGAGGCAAGUUUCAGUUGCUGGAUGGAAGUGUCACAGGAGAGUUUGUUGACCUAGUCCCUGAGAAGCAACUUGUUAUGAAAUGGAGAUUUAAGUCUUGGCCAGCUGGCCACUUUGCAACAAUUACCUUGAACUUCACUGACAAAGGUGGUGAGACGGAGGUGUGCUUGGAAGGCAAGGGCUUUCCUGCCAGUGAGGAGGAAAGAACAAAGCAAGGCUGGCAGCGCUACUACUUCGAGGGCAUUAAACAGACAUUUGGCUAUGGUGCCCGCUUGUUUUAAUACCAGUUGCUGGGAAGGCUCUGCCUGAAGACUCUGCCACAUGGACUGAUAAAUUUCUCACCUGUCCCUUUCUAAUCUUGGCCCUGCUGCUGGGUAAAGUGGGAUGACAGGUGAUGAGGAAGGCUAUUGAGCAGCACCACUUUCAGUCCCUCACUGCUUUGUGCAUGUCUUGUGCUGCAGGGGAUUCUCUUACAUGUACAUACUUCUAUUGCUAAAUAAACCUAACUUAAAAAAAA